AUGUCCAUUGCGAAGCCUGAAUUGGACUACACAGUACCGCCGUUUGCUUGUGCUCCAUCUGCUGAUGAUCAUUACGGAGUUGAAGUGAUCAAAAACGGUGCCCUAAUUGACAGGAUUGAUUUUGAGCGUCGAAAAGCAACAACUUUUUUGCUUAUUGGUCGUUUACAGUCGUGUGACAUACAACUGGAACAUCCGUCCAUCUCAAGGUACACCAUAUUUUUGACUUAAUU